AUGGCUGCAAACGGUGCGCAGGGAUCGUACACUCCCGAGAAUGUGCUUGCGGCGGUAGUCACCAUGCGCGGUGGGGAGCGAGAGGCCAAGAAGCAGGCGCACGAAUACCUGGAGCGCUUUCAGAAAUCGAAAGAUGCUUGGCCGCUCGUCAUUGGCAUCCUGCAGUCUGAUGCCGAUGCUGAGGCGAAGCUGUUUGCAGCCACCACGAUGCGCGGAAAGCUCACAUAUGACCUUUCGACCGAUAUUUCGGAUUCGGAGCUUCCUGCGCUUAGGGAGCAGAUCCUCCUACUCCUGAAGCACUAUGCAUCCGGUCUCAGGCCGAUCAGAGUCCAGCUCUGCGUUUGCUUGGCAGUCCUCGCUAUACAUAUGAAAGACUGGAAGGAUGUCCUCCCCGUCGUCGUGUCGGCACUGGAAGGACCCCAGAGUCAUACCGCCGUUCUCGACUUCCUUCGCGUGCUUCCCGAAGAAGUCACCGAAGGCCGCAAGAUCACCCUAUCAGAAGAAGAGUUGUCUGAGAGGACGAAAGAGCUACUGGGCGAUAAUGCGGAACGAGUGGUCCACCUACUUGUCAACUAUGCACAAGCAUCAGCCAAACCAGCCGACGACCCUCUGCUGAUGGAGUGCAUCACGUCGUGGCUGCGCGAGGUGCCCGUGAAUACCAUCGUUCGCUCACCGCUGUGCGACGUUAUUUUUAAUGGCAUUUCCGGCGACUCACCCAGGGAGGCUGCGGAGACCGUUUGCACGAUCCUCCGAGAGACAAGAGAUGUCGACGAUAACCAAGACACCAUCCAGCUCCUUCUUUCCCGGAUCCUUCAAUUGCAACCUAGGAUUGAGAAGGCUGUAGCCGAGGAGGAGACGGAGACAUAUGAAGCCUUGACGAAGAUUCUCGCGACUGCUGCCGAAUCAUGGGUCGUAGCCAUUGUGCGCGAGCCAGGCCACUUCAGGCCUAUCGUCGACGCUGUUCUCGAAUGUGCUGCCCGCGACCGAGACCGUGAGGUCAUCGAGCACACAUUCGACUUCUGGUACGAGCUCAAGCAGUACCUUGUUUUGGAUAUCUACAUUGAGGCGAGGCUUCAGCUCGUGGAUGUCUACGGCAAACUUGUGGACGUCCUCUUCAACCACCUCCGAUACCCAGAAGGGAACGAAAACGACCUGUUCGAGGGUGAUCGUGAGGCCGAGGAAAGAUUCCGCGAAUUCAGGCACCGCAUGGGUGAUACGCUUAAGGAUGCCUGCGCCGUCAUGGGAGUGACGGACUGUCUGACCAAGGUCCUUAAUGGCAUCAAGACGUGGUCAGCGGAGAGAAGCACCACCACUUCGGCCCCUGGUGUAGUACCGCACUGGCAGGAGCUCGAGGCACCCCUAUUCGCCAUGCGCGCCAUGGGCCAAAUGGUUCCAAAGGACGAGAAUAUUGUCCUGCCUCAACUGAUGCCUCUCCUGGUGGAGGUGCCCAACCACGAAAAGCUCCGGUUCGCAACCAUCAUGAUUCUAGGCCGCUAUACCGAAUGGACAGCCGAGCACCGCGAAUACCUUGAGCCGCAAUUCACCUAUAUUGUCUCUUCCUUCCACACCGAUUCUAAGGAGGUUGUCAGGGCGGCGGCCAUGGCGAUCAAGUAUUUCUGCACUGAUUGCAGAGAACUUCUUAGCGACCAAGUUCUCCAACUCCAGACCUUCUACGAUCAGAUUCUUGACAAGCUUCCCGACAUGAGCCAGGAAGAGAUCACAGAGGGUGUUGCGAGCGUGGUUGCCGUCCAGCCUGAGGCUGAGAUGUACAAGCUGCUUAAGCUGUACUGUGAUCCGCUCGUCGCCAGACUGAUGAACAAGGCCAACAAUGCUACCACUGAGGAAGGCAAGGUGGCUUUGGCAGACCACGUGCAGCUGAUCACCAUCUUCGUCCAAAUCGUCAAGCCGUACUCUGCUCCUGGAGCCGAGAACCAGGCAGUCAAAUACUGGCAAGAGGUCUUCCCUGUGCUCGCAAAGAUUGUCGAGAACUUCCUCGACUUUGUGCCCAUUUGUGAGCGGAUCUGCCGAUGCUGGCGCAACAUGAUCAUCUCGUACAGGACGGCCAUGACACCACUGCUGCCGGAGCUGGCAAACAAGCUGGCCAGCGGAUUUGCCGCCUCCAGGCAAGGCGCAUUCCUUUGGGUUACCGCGGCCAUCAUGCGCGAGUUCUCCGAGGAGCGCGAGCAUGUCGACCAGGCCAUCACUCAGAGCAUUUACUCCUUCUUCGAGGCCCAAGCCACGACUUUCUUGCGCGUGCUCAACGAGUUGCGGCCUAGUGAGCUCCCCGACGUCAUUGAGGAUUUCUUCCGUCUCCUCAUUGAUGCACUGCUCUACUUCCCCCACAGGCUCAUCCCUUCGGAGCUGCUGCUUCCGAUUUACGAGGCCGCCAUCUAUGCCCUUACACUCGAGCAACGCGAUCCGCUGUCGGCUACUCUCCACUUCCUGCGGGAUCUUUUGACAUACGGCGGUGACAACCCGGCCACCUCGGACAAGCUGCCAGCGGACGUUGCAGCGAAGAUUCAGGAAAUGGUCAAGAGCCUCCUCGGCAGCCACGGCGAAAAGCUCGUCAAGCAGGUGCUGGCUGGCAUGAUGAUCACAUUCCCUCGCGACUGCUUCGCCGACGGUAGCGGUGUGUUGCUCUCCAUGUUCGAGCUCCUCCCCGCAGAGACGACUGUCUGGGUCGAGCGAACGCUGCAACUGUUGCCCCAGGGCACCGUGACGCCUGCCGAGGCGAACAAGCUUAUGAUCAAGAUCAAGGAGCGCAUCGGCGGUGACCAGAACAACAUGCGCCAGGUCAGGGCCCUUCUGCAAGACUUUACCAACACAUACCGCCGGCGAUAUGUCGCACCUCGCGACGGGCUCGGUCAACUCGAGGCAGAUCGUUUCCGCUUCAACCGCUAG